UUUGGUCUUUCCCAUUAAUUUCCACUCUCCUUCCAAAAAGCUAAAAUAAAGUGUUAUAUAUAUGAUGAUGAUGAUGCUUGAGUUUAAUUAAAAGGUAUAAACAUAAGAUACAAGCACAUUGAAACAACAUGAAGUCAUCAUCAUCGUCAUGGACGUUUCACACAACCACAAGCUUAGACCAGAGAAACCCAUCUCCAGUUUCAAGAAAAACACCAAAGCAAAUGAAGAAGACGGCUUCAAGGAACAAACCCAUCAAAGUGCGUUACAUAUCGAACCCCAUGAGAGUCAAAACUUGUGCCUCCAAGUUUAGAGAGCUCGUACAAGAACUCACCGGCCAAGACGCCGUCGAUCUUGAGCUGGAGCCCGAGUUUUCCCCUUCCGCUGUAUCCGACCACAGCCCUUCUCCGCCACCGCCGGAGAAUCUUGCGCCACGUGUUCUUCAUCAGGAGCCGUUCGAUGAUCUGGUGGCUGGAUACUAUGAGCCGUUGGAUGGGGAUGAGAAGUUUUUGUCCGGAGGUUUUUCUGGAUUUUUCUCGAAUGAGUUUUACAACGUGGAUGACUUUGGAAGAAUCGAUUCUCUAUGAAGAUCUUUCGGAGUAUUUAGGUGUUUCAAGUACAUAUCUACAGAAUCAUGUAAUGCCGUGCAUAUUGUUUAAAUUUAUAUAUGUACUAGAUCAUGACCCGCGCACCUGCGCGGGUUUAUCUUUUGAUUCACAUAUUUUAUAUACAUGUUGUAUAUUAUUUAAGAUUUAUAAUAUAAAAAAAGUUAGAAUGA